AUGCUGGAAUCCACUAGCGCUCUUCAAAGGUGGGUGAACAAGGCUAGGCGGGCAGUGGAGGAAGGAGGAGGAGGAAAGGAGGGACCAGAAGAGGAUGAGGAAACUUCGAAGUGGGGCUCAGUUGAGGAAGGAGAUGGUGCAAAGGGUGGUGGUGAGGAUGGCUAUGGGGGAGGAAGUAGCAAGCAAGCUCACGGGAGAUUCGGUGCAGCAACAGCUGCUGCAGCAGCAGUCCUAUCACGCAUUUCCAUCACAGAAGUACCCCUGCCACUUCAACCCUUGGCGCCCUACCUCCUACACCUUCCUGGUAAUGAUUCCUCCUCUUCCUCCUCCUCCUCUUCCUCGUCCUCUUCCUUGUCCCCUUCCUCUCCCCUCGCCUACUACCUCCCUUUCUCUCGCGCUGUCCAUCUGGACCACCUGGUCGUGCGUCAGACCCUCGCUCGCUGCUUCGACAUCCGCAACGACUGCCGCAACCUGCGAGCCUCCUCGCUCUCGCGCUACCACCGCGACUGCCUGCCCAAGGACGGAGUCAUGACAGCAGUGGCUGCGGGUGUGAUAGAGCGCUGCGAGAGCUGGUGCCCGGGGGAAACCAUGUGCUGGAACAGCAACAGGAGAGCGGCGGCCGCGCUGUCGAAAGCAGCGCUGAAGGCGCCGAUUAAGCUGAGAAAGGAGGAGGUGCUUCUGGUGGAAGUGAAGGAGGCGUUUGUUACACCUGCUGGGGAGGUCUACGGGGUGGGGUGGAGGCCGCGAGGGGGCGGCGAGGGGAGCAGUGGUGCAUCGAAGGGAGGAGAUGAUGAGAGUAAUGAAGGUGAAGGUGCUGGUGGUGGUGAUGGAGUAAGUGGGGAAGGGGGCGCGGGUGGGUUUGGGGGAGGCUUGGAGUUGAAAGACGGGAUGCUAGCUCUUGACGUGCGAUUAGGGCAGUGCCACCGCCCCAUGGAGCUCCUGCGAGUGAGGACAGACUGGCGGUGGGGCGCUGAGCAUGCAGCACGCACCGUCUUCGUGGCAGAUGCGGAGGAGGAUGGCGUUGUAGCAGCAGUCACUACAUGCCUCGCUCGCAUUGCCCUCUGGAGGGAUCAGCUGCUGCAGGACCAGUCUAUCAGGAUCCACGUGCGGGGGCUGGAAGGAGGGGAGGGGGAGUACCCACACUACCUGCCGUCCAUGCUCUCGUUUCUCUCGAUCUCACCUGGUCGACUGGUUGCUGGGGACCUCUAUGCACACCGGAUUUAUCUCAUGGACCCCCCCUGCCGUGCUCCCUUUCGAGCUUUGGAUGGGGUUCUACUGCUCAACCUGAGGAGAGUUAUACACGAGCUGCUGAGAGGGCGAAGGGGGGAGGAGGGAAGCGUGAGUGCUGGUGGUGACGCUGCGAUUGACAGCACGGGCGAGAGUGAGGACGGAGGUGCUGGAGCCAGUGAAAGUAGUGAUAGUUUGGGAAGCAAGAGCAGCAAGAAGAAGGUGAAUGAAAAGAAGAAAACGACAAAGGCGAAGAAGAAGAAGAGCUCAGGAAGCAGCAGGAGGAGGGUGCUCCGGGAGGUUGGAGCAGAUGGAGAAGGGAAAGAGGCGGCUAAGAAUGGCACCAUUGUGGUAGUCCAAAACCACUGGUUCAGAAAGGUACGAAAUCUCGAUGAGUUUGUUUCCUCUCUUCGGCAGCAAGUAUCACUUCCUGUGGACGUGAUCACAGAUGACGGCAGGCACAACGUCUCCGACCUCUGGCCGCGGUUCUACCAGGCAGCUCUUGUCAUCUCCCCGCACUCGGACGUCCUUGCACAUAUCGUGGCGUGCCGGCAAGGAACGCCGGUGUUGGAGUGGAUGCAGCCAUGGCGUGCUGAAGACCCUGCUAGCGCCAGCCCGCGGUUUCAGACACUGGCUACAGGCCUUGGCCUGCCGUAUUAUGUUUCGGUGGUUGACUUCCAAGACCCGUUCGACGACCCGGAUACAGCAGAAAAGACAAAAUCAGACGAGGAGAGCGAGGGGAAAGCGACAGGCAUGGACUAUAUAGGGGGGUCGUAUGUUGAGGUGAAUGUUCGGCAGCAGGUUCGAAACGUGUUCGAGACGUACUGCUUUCACCCGAACGUGGACCAGUUCGGUAACAUCUGUCUCGACAUUUUGAAGGACAAGUGGUCAUCCGCUUACGACGUGAGAACCAUUCUCCUCUCCAUCCAGAGCCUUCUUGGAGAACCCAACAAUGAUAGCCCACUGAACGGACAUGCCGCGGCGCUCUGGCCGCAUCAACAAGAGUACCGAGAAAUUUUACAUAAGAAGCAGAAGGAUGCGGAUCUGAAAGGGACUGCUUGA